AUGAGAGAGGGCAGCCUACAUAGCCAGCUUCAGGGAAACUUGGACAAGGCAGCCAAUGCCAGGAAAGGCAUCAAUGCCUUCCUGACAACCCGGCUGCCCUCACUUCCUGGACGGAAUCUGGCUGUGGCUCAGACUCUCCUUCUUUUGCUGUUGGCAGCAUGUCUGCACACUGGGAACUCAGCAGGAUAUCAAAAAAUGCAGGACUAUGGUGUUGACCAACCAGCUGUCCUCAAUGGAUUCCAAGGCAGCUCCAUUGAGAUCCCCUUCUCAUUCUACUUCCCCUGGGAGUUGGCCAAGGAUCCACAGAUGAGCAUAGCCUGGAGAUGGAAGAACUUCCAUGGGGAAUUCAUCUACAAGUCCACUCUAUCUUUCAUUCAUGAGCACUUCAAGGACCGGCUCAUCCUAAACUGGACACAGGGUCAAACAUCCGGAGUCCACAGAAUCCUGAACUUGAAGGAGAAUGACCAGGCCAUAUACUUCAGCAAAGUUUGUCUGCAAACAACAGAAGGCAUGAAGUGUUGGCAGUCUAUUCCUGGGACAAAACUCAAUAUUACACAUGCUCUCAGUACUACCAUGAGGACCCCCUCCAUCAUCACCUCUGCAGACCCCACAGCUGGCCUGGAGGACAUAAGGGGCCAGAGGAAUCCUUCACUGCUGAACCUGGGAGCCAUGGUUGGGAUGGUUGUGGCCAAAGUUGUAGUCAUCAUCCCCCUCUACGGAUGGAUGAUCUUCCUGUGGUGGAAGAAAAGGCCAGCAGAGUAACACCUAAACCCCAGCCAGGAGGCAGACAUCUCAUCCAAAGCCCGACCCCCACCCCACAUGCUACACAUCAAGUGUCAGACCAAGGCUUCCUUUCCUCACAAGCUCAACUGUAUGCACUCACAUUCUCAUUUCCUACCAUGUCGGCAUUCUGGACUCUGGGUUCUCUCCUGGAAUAGGACAUUUGUCGCAAGUCCAAUCUGUCCUAACAUUUGAUAGCACAUUAACUUCUAAUAAAACCCUGUGGGGACACAGAAAACCAUCCAGAGUGACCCAGGAGGAAUGAAACCAGGCUUCUCAUGACAGAAGAAGUUCAUGGACAUGCUCAAUACAGAUCUACCAACGACAGUGAGCCAUAAUUGAAGUGGCACAAAUACAGCUCCAGUUCACCAAUCACAAGGCUCAAAUGAGUAUCAUCCAUGGGUGUUUUCUGGGUAAUUGGGGAAACUGUUCCCAAUCCCAUGAGGCAAGCUAGAGCUACUUGGGGUCGUGAAAAGGUCACCAAGACUCAUGUGGCUAAAGUGAAGCCUCCUGGAGCAGCUAUGAGGUAUCUACUGUUGUGACUGCAUCCUAACACCCUAAGACUGAACACAGCAGCUCUCAUGACUACAGGGACCUUUGGAGCAGGGAUGAUACUUUCUCUGAGCAUUCCUGAAGGGUUCUCACAGCAGGAUGCCAUGAUGGUAGUCUGCCCAGCCAUAACAAGGAGUCCAUUUGUCAGGUCCAUGCCUCAGGCAUCUGUACUCAGAGAAGGGGCCUUAAUCCACUUGCUCAAAUGUGACUUCUCAGGUCCUUUUUCAUUGCUCAAGAGGGAAAAUCAAGAGACAAAACCAGAGCAAAGACAUAAAGAAACAACGUUCUCAACAACAUAGGUGCUUAAGCUCCAGUUGAAUACAUUUAGGCAGACUGUAUCUCUGAUGUGCCAAAGGGAACAUUAUGGGCCAACUAGAAGUUGACACUGGUUUCUGCCCUGGUGACAAGUGUUUGGUAUGUGUGUUCCCUAGACUGAGAUGAUUGGUAAAAAAAAAAGUACUAAAAGAAAUUGGGAAUCAAAACAUGCCUGUCAUCCCUACUAUUGACAGGUAGUGAUGUGAAGAUUGUCAAUUGGAAUAUUGGUUCUCAACCUGUGGGUCACUACCUCUUUGAAGUUAGAAGGACAUUUUCACAGGAGUCAAAUUUCAGAUAUCCUGAAUAUCAGAUGUUUAUAUUAUGAUCAUAACUGUAGCAAAAUCAAAGUCAUGAAUUACCAAUGAAAUAAUUUUAUGGUUGGAGUCACCCCAACAUGAGGAAAUAUCACAGCAUUACAAAGCUUGAGAACCACAGAAUUGGAGGCUAUUCUUGGUACCUCUUGAGUUUAGGCCAGCCUGGGUUGCAUGAGACUCUGUCUUUAAAUCAACAGCAAAGCCUAACAAAACUGAAAACAAUAAAGAGGGUCAUGGAUAAAGGUCCUCAGCUCCCUUUUGGUUAGAGAUGGAGAACUCGAAUAUAGCACCAGUAUUCUCUCCAGAUUUACAUAAAAAAUUGUGACUGCCAAUACUUUAGUUUUUGCAUGUUUGUUUUUGUUUCCUUCUGUGUCUGAGGAGGGGGUUUCUCUAUUAUAUAGGUCAGUUCUCCUGGAACUUGCUUUACACACAAUGGCUGGCCUCAAAGUCAGAAAAUCUCCUCCUUCUGCAUUCUAUAAAAUGUACCUCCAUGCCAGGGGAUUAACACAUUUCUGGCUUUUGUUCAUUUAUUUGUUUUGGUUUUGGUUUGUUUUAACCUAAAUAUAAUAAAUCUGAGAGAGGGUGGGAGUUUGUCUGCUUCUGUGACCACAAGCUUGAUGACACAUUUAUAAAUGUCUCUGUUCUUGGCUAUCAGCAGAUGUUGGAGGGGUCUGAGCUCCUCCCCGAGUCCCAUUCACCUGGCCUUUAGGGCACAGUAUAGAGCCUAGUUCCAGGAACACCCUGGGUAGGGGUUCACGCAGGAGCUCAUCUGAGGCUGAGGAGCAGGUGAGGCAGAUGAAGAUGAUGAUGUCAUCCUAGGGAAGAAACACAAGGUCAGAUGGCAGCAGGCAGCUGUGCUAUUGUAAAGAUUAAGCUGCAGCCUGUGCAUCCUGUAUAUACCACAAGCUGCCGUCCUCUCUAGCUUCUCCACUCUCCUCAGGCACCAGUCGGAGUGUUACUUUGACGCUGGAUCUAUGUGUUGUCACCAAGGAAGAGAGAUCAAUGAGAGUGUGUGUAAGGAAGUAGUGAAAAGACUGGAGAAGACAGGGACAGGUUUCAUCUAUGAGGGUAUCUACUGAACCCACAGAGCCUAGAGUAGGCAUUAUCUGAAGGAUGGUUCUGGAAUUGAAUCAUCCACAGACAAACAGGAAGGUUUGAGCCUGUUUUCUCCCUCUGCUGUCAUGGGAUAAGUUAAUUGGGUAUAAAGUCAGAGUCCGAAUGCUGUAGACAAUGAAAAGAACUAGAUUCUGAAGAAUAACAGAGCCUGGACAUAGGGAAGCUUUGUUUAGUCAGAAUAAAUACGGGGUUAAUAUGUGGUGGCAGAUCAGCUAUGAAAGGAUCCUUACAUGAUUUGUUUCUGAGAUCCAGUGCACGUGUGUGCAAGUCAGUUUGGGCUCGUGUACAGAAGUGCAGAGGACAACCUCAGGUAUGGUAAUUAGCAACACCAUCCAAAUUCACCAUAAAUUUUGUGUUUCUGUUUUUGAUUGGUUGGUAUUUAGUUUGAUACAUAGGCUAUUUUAGGUUUGGCUGGGAUUCCUUGGUUUAUGUUGUUGGGUUUUUUUUUGUUUGUUUGUUUAUUCUUCCAUACAAGCUUUCACCAGGCAAGCUUCAAACUCACUGAGAUCCAUGUGCCUCUGCCUUCCUCCUACCAAAUUCAGACUUGAAGCAUGUAUGUGUAUGUCUAUCAUGGGUUAUGAUAUUUUAAAUAACAAUUAUUCAUUCUGGGGUGUGUGGUGUGGGUAGGGACCCAUGUGCCUGAGCAUCACACAUAUUCCAACCCUGCAGGCUGACAUUCCCCGUGGUCCUGCGAUAUGCAAAAGCCCCGUGUGCACCCCAAAACCACAGACUUCCGGUCCCAAAUGAGAGCAUGACUUGGGAUUAAGGAGCCAGCAGGUGGCAGCAGUGCAGCUGAGCACAAUGGGUAUUUGGCAUCCUUAGAACCCAUCAGAGCCUGUUGUAUACAAAUGCUGGGGUCCAGCAGCUGACUUAUGGCAGUUCUGUCAGUUCCAGUCCCCUUCUUGGGUGGGUUAGUUAUCAGAUGACCUUCUGCCCACAACCUCAGACAGACAAAGUAAGGCAGAUGAAUCUGGAGGUGAGUUCUCAUGGCCAGGAGGACAUUUGUACAGACUUCACUGACCCAAAGAUGUUCAUCUGGUAGAGUGCUUUCUUGCCUGUCAUGGACAGAAAAUGAUGUUCUUUGUCCACUGUGAAACAAAGGAGCAGGAUGGUGCACACUUAUAUUCACCACUAAUGGAAGGCAGAGACGAGAGGAUCUGUGGGAGUUCCAGAUCAUCCUUGAAUACAUAACAAAUUUAAGGGCAAGCUUGGCCAAGCCACAGCCUAAAUACCUGUCAGUUGAGCACCUGUCCCUAAGGCAGGUUGAGACCCUUUGAGGAAGUUUAGUAUGAGAAGCAUGCAAGGUAGCAAGAGAGAUGAUUCAGCUAGAGAGGUGUACAUGGGUAGCAGGACCUGAGUUUGACUUAGAGCAGCCACACUAUAAGUCAGGGAUAUGGCAGGAAUUUGUAAUCCCAGCCCUGUAUGAGCAAGAGACAGGGAGAGUCAUGGGGCUGACCAUGUAGCUACUCAAGACUAAUUGGUAAGUCCCAAACCGAUGAGUGCCAUGAUAUAAAAAAAAUGUAGAUUUCUCAAGAUGGUCAAUUAUGGUCAUAACCUUUUAUAAAUUUAUGUUAAAUGAAGUAUUUUAAAAUGAUAUAUUAAUGAACAGUGUAAUCAGUGAGAAAUCUCAGUGGAAAUGGAGCCUGCUGCCUAGCACAGUGACCUGGGUGUGAUUCCUGGUGACUUAAAUGGUACAUGGAGAAAACUGACUGUGGACAAUUGUCCUCUGCCUCUCAGGAUCACUCACAGACCCCUGGUAAGACAUCAUCUGUUUGUCCUCAGAGAACAGACUUUCUGGUGCCAGGAUCUCGCACCAGGUAGGUGAGUUACUUCAAAGUAGUGAUUGAGGGCACACCCCCUGCAUACCACUAUCCUCCCUGUCUCCUGUAUAGGAAUAAGAGCCCAUGGAUUCAGGAUUGUGUGUGACACAUCCUAAGAAUCCAUGUCAGCUCUGAUGUCGUCUCUUUAGAAACCAUGUCAUCCUGUCUGUCUCUGGUCCUGAGAGCCUGACUGCUGUUCUCUGUGAAUUUUUAAAUUUUUUAAUAAAUGUGGAAUCGUAAAUCAAUAAACUUGAGUAGGUUCAGAGUAAUACUGAGAUCAAGACAAGUUCAAACCAGAAAAUCUCAUUCUGUGACCAGCAGAAGUUAGGACUGUGCCCUGCUUGCUCUAGUCUGCAUGUUCAGAUCCAAGAAGCCCAUACCACCGCCACCUCUGCCACCCUUGAAAAAGUAAUAACAAGAUGGCUGAAUUACAGCUCUUCCUUCCCCUCUCUCCAUAGACACAUGUCCAUCAAGCACCUGGAAUUCCUCCUCAGGCAAUUGAAGGUUCCUCAGAACCUCAGCAUAAGCCAAUAAUGCACAGUCAUCCUAUAACCAAUAAUCAAUCAAUAAGUUUCAUAUAGACCUUGUUACCCAACUAAAAGACAGCUGCUUAACUGAUAGAAAUACACAGAAGCCUGUUUCUCAACAGGAUUCAAUCUAGAAGAGAUCCUGUCAACCCAUCAACACAGAUAAGUUUAGUUCCUUUCAUUCCAGCCCUGAGUUCAACUUGCCUGCAUACAUUGAGGUCAGAAGAAGAACCAGGCAAACAAAUAAAAGUCUUACUCCAAGCAAUCUAUCAGGAAGUUUCUGUAGACACUCUUCUCCCAUAUGAGACCUCUAAGUGAGUUGCAGCCUGUCUCCAGAAUACAAGUCACAGGAGAGGGACAAGGUCCAUGUUCCAAAUUGAGAACCAUAGAUUGAUAAUAUAUCCCUUCUCCCUAGCCAUUUCCAUCUCACCCAGAGCCUUGAUCCCCUUAUGUUUCACAUCCAGUGAAAGACCAUGGGUUGCUUAAUCCCAUGUGGGGAUUCCUUUCCUCACAGGUUUAGCUAUACACACUCACUUUCUCAUUUUCUGCCAUGUUGAUAUUCUGAAUUCCGGGUUAUCUCCUAGGACAGGUCUUUUUUCCCAUGUCUACUCUGUCUUAACAUUUGAUAGUCAGCAGAUCAGCCUCUCCCAGAAAACCUGUUGAAACACCAGAAACCAUCCAGAGUGACCCAUGGAUAAAGAUCUACCAACCACAUUUAGCCAUAGCUCCAGUGUGGAACAGAUGUAACUCCAGUCUAACAAUCACAAGUCUCAAAUGGGUGUUAUUCAUGGGCCUUUGAUGAGGCAUUGGGAAAAUGAUCCCCAAUACCAUGAGACUAGUUCUAGAUAACUGGGUCCAUGGAGAGGCCACCAAAGCUCGUUGUAGCUAAAGUGAGGUGUCCUGGGGCAGCUCUGAGGUGUCUGCAGUGGUUGUGACUGCAUCGAAGCCUUCUGAGGUUGAACUCAGUAGCUCUUAUGGGCACAGUGAUCAUGGAAGCAAGGGUGAUGUUUCUUCUGAGCAUCCCUGAUGCGUUCUCACAGCAAGAUGUCAUGAUGGUGAUCUGUGUAGUCAUCCAAAGUGGUGCAUUCUCAGCUCAACACCGCAGGCAACUGCACACAGAAAGGGGCCCUUAAUGCAGUUGCUCAAAUGGUCAUGUGACUUCCCAGGUUCUUUUCCAUUGCUCAAAUGGGAAAAAAUAUAGACAAGCCCACAGCAACGUUUCACACAGAGCCAACAUACUCAACAUCAGAGGUGCUUACCGCUGAUUGAAUACACUUAGGGAGAGUGGAUCUGUGAUUUGCUACAAGGGAAAUUUAUGGUCCACGUGGGGAGAUGUUGGCUUCUGCCCUGGCUACACUUAUUCACAAUGUGUGUUUCUAGCCUGAGGGAACAGUAGGAAAAAGUACUAAGAGGAACUUGGGCAUGAGAACAGGAUGUCGCUGCAGUAGGCUGGAGCAGCUUCCAGUGACAAAAGCUUCAGGAGAGAAUACUCUUCCCUUAGGGUGUUACAGUUCAGUAAAACAGGCAGCCUCAGAUGGCUUUGGUGAAAUAACUUAUGCUCUUUAUUCCUUAUGGAUACAAUCUUAUAAAUGUAUUGGGGUGGGGGGUCUAAAGGCAGAUGCUUUCUAUUGGCUUGGUCUGAGAUGUUAGGGAUGCCUCCUUUGUGGAGGGGCCUUGGGACGUCUAGACUGAUUGUCACAGUCCUGCCAUGGGAUGUCAUGGUCACAAGUUUCAAAACAAGAACCUGGCCAGGAAUAGAUUUAAACACACACCAUUUUCAAAUAUGAGAAUUGAUGGGCUUUCUUUUUUUACUGGUUAUAUUUCUUUAGUUACACUUCAAAUGUUAUUCCCUUUUCCAGUUCCCUGUCCACAAGCCCCCUAUCACAUCCCCCUCUCCCAUAAGGCUGUCUUCCCCAUCCCCUCCCCUUUACUGCCCCCCCCGACACUUGUCUGCACUGGGGGAUCUAACCUUGGUAGGACCAAGGACUUCUCCUUGGUUAUGGUUUGGUAUAUAUGCAAUGGGAGCCCUGGAUCAGCCCAUGUAUAGUCUUUGUGUAGUGCUUUAGUCCCUGGAAGCUCUGGUUGGUUGGCAUUGUUGUUCUUAUGGGGUUGUAAGCCCCUUCUGCUCUUUCAAUCCUUCCUCUAAUUCCCUCACAGGGGAUCCCAUUCUCAAUUCAGUGGUUUGCUGCUAGCAUUCACCUCUGUAUUUGACAUGCUCUGGUUAUGUCUCUCAGGAGAGAUCUGGUCUCUUUCA